AUGUCCUUCAUCGUAGUGCUUGCGGAGGGUCAAUACACGGAAGAGCAGUACAAGACUCUGAAACGCAAGAUCGACCGGUACUUGCUUCCUCUCAUGUGGUUGUGUUACGCAGGUCUUCAACAGUCCGACAAGACUUCACUCGGCACUCAGGCAAACUUUGGUCUCGAAACGAGCACGGGGCUAGUUGGGAAUCAAUAUCAAUGGCUUACAACUAUUUUCUAUCUGAUGUACAUGUGCUUCGAGUUUCCUUCCAACCUUCUUCUUCAACGAUGGAAAAUGGGGCGAACACUGUCUCUUUGCAUGAUAAUAUGGGGAAUUAUCGUUCUGUGUAUAGGUUUUGCUAAGAACUUUAGCCAACUCAUUGCGCUGAGAGCUCUUCAGGGCAUCGCGGAGUGCUGCAUCUCUCCAGGGUUUGUUCUCGUCAUUGGUUCUUGGUAUAAAACCCGCGAGCACCCUUCCAGAGCGCUAUUCUUCCAGAGUGCAAACGCCGGCUUCGGAAUUAUCAGCUCACUCAUUCUCUACGGUAUUGGAGCUCGAGACUCGAGCGACGAAUCCUGGCGCGGGAUGUCCUACUUCCUAGGCUCCGUCACCAUUGCAGUUGGAAUCAUAUGCCUAUUCCUGCUCGGUACUCCCUCUGAAGUUCGUUGGGUGACGCCGGAAGAACGAAGAAUGGCGAACGCUAGGAUUGUUUCGAAUCAGACGGGACAUGAUACCACGGGUGUGAAGAGCUGGAAGUGGAGCCAAGUUAGGGAGGCUUUCUCCGAUCCUGUGGUCUACAUCACGCUGUUGAACGCGUUUUUCAGCUCUGUCCCGAACGGAGGCUUAACGACUUUCGGAUCUAUCCUCUACAAGUCUUUCGGCUUCACCUCUCUGGAGGUCAUCCUCUACGGUCUUCCGAGCAACGUUUUCAGUGUGCUCUGGUUCAUUGUCGUCGGCCUCACGGUUUCACGAUACCAGAAUCUUCGUCUAUACUUCAUGGUGUUUUCAUCCUUAUGUCCCCUCGCCGGAUUCCUAGGUCUUGUCAUUCUUCCGUCCGAUGAUAAGUAUAGGUGGACGAAGUGGGGCUGUCUCUUCCUCACAACUCCUUUUGUAGUUUCUAUGUUCAUGGGAUGGAGCCUCAUCCCAUCUAACAUCCCUGGUCGCACCAAACGCACGGUGGCGAGCUCGUUAACGUUCGUGGGAUAUUGUGUGGGUAACAUGGUCGGCUCUCAAAUCUUUCAGAGCAAGGAUGCUCCAAGGUAUAUCAAGGCAAGCUCGGUAUGCGCUGCAAGCUUUGGCGCAGAGGUCCUCUUGAUAUGCCUCUGGCGCAUCAUUUACGUUGUCCGCAAUCGGCGCAAGGACAAGCUCAUAGCGAACGACGGCCUCACGCCCGAAGAACGUGUCAAGGAAGGAAAGAGACUCGGCGAGGCAGAUGCGACGGAUUUCGAGAAUCCAUAUGUACGUUUCUAA